AUGAAAAGACUGCAAAGAAAAGUCCGCAAAGAAAAAUUGUUCAUCGUAGCCUCCCAGCCUGCCCUCAAAAUGAACCUCUCCAGUUGUGUAGAUGAGAACUACGCGUGUUGGACAGCCAGUAUGUGAAACCUACUCCAACAAUCGACCUGCAGUAGGUCAAUCUGACUCAAUUGCCCUCUUUCACCAAAGAUUCAUAGUCAGUGACUCAAGGACCAGUCGCAAAGAACCAGAACUCCAUUGAGGCGGCUAUUUUCAAUAACCAUUCAAACGAGCAUGUAAGAUGGCUUUACCGCUUCAAAUGGGGCAAUAAACUUUGCGCAAAAGAUAUUGUUGUUCAUGCCAUAGCCUCUCGCAGUUUUGGGCGUCAGAUAUAG